AUGCUUCGACGCACCCGCCAAUUCACCUCACCUGAGGAAUCCGUAGGGGAACUCAUGACUCGAUGCUGCUGCCUCAAGAAUCCCCCAUGGCAAAAAGAUGACCUAUGCUGGGACGUCCGAGGCGAGGCCUUGAAAGCCUACAACAGCUUCAGCCGCCUGGUAUGGAAGAAACUCGAGAACGAAUGCACUGAACGACCUGAUCGCUCGGGCCUCAUCAUCAGUGUGUAUAUGAUUGGCUACUCUCCAUCUACAGCUGUCCCUGUUCUGGUGUUUGUAAGCAAGAACAGAAACGCAGCCAAAGAGGCGCAGAAGAUUGUGAAGAAGAGUGGAAUCCUGAAGCGGUACCCGGGCUUCGAGACUGCGAUUAUGGAUCUCUUGCCUACGGGGAGUUUGGUUUUAGUCGCUCAGGGGCCAAAGAAAGAAACUCAAGAUAAUCUGUCUGUUCCGGGUCGGCGUGAAGUGUAUUACGACCCUAGAUUCGAGGUUCAGUCGAUAGGAAUGGCACUGUAUGUAAGAGACGACGAUGGAACGUUUGAGAAGGCCACUGGCAAUGCGGUCAUUAGCGAACAGGGACUCGGGUACUUUACAGCCGCACACGUCUUCAAGGCACAAGACGUGGCAACUGAGCCUGUUGUCGGAUGGGGCGAAGACACCAGUGUCGACAAUGACUCGGAUAGUGAUGAGUACGAUGAUGACGACCUCGAACUCCUAUCACGAUACAGCCAAAGCUCGCAAGAGUCAUUAUCCCCCGACCUAUCCCAAAGCACAACCCUCUCCUCUUCCUCAGAAACAAUCGACACCCAAGACCCAACCACCUCUGCCCCAUCUCCACCUCCCAUAAACGCUCCAUCUUCCUCUGUCUCCAUGACACCUCCCAAAACCCCCGUAAACCGCACAAUGCGCGCCAACGACAUCGACCUCCACCACCUCGGCCACUGGACCCCGUCCUCCCCGUCCUCCACCCUCAACCAAGACUGGACCCUCGUCACAAUAACAAACACCACCGUCCUAUCCUCCCUCUCCAACUCACUCACCCAACCCUUACCCAAACCCCUCCGCCUAGCCUCCCUCCCCUACUCUCACAAAGCCGAAGUCGUAAUCCACACAACAUGGGGCCGCCUCCGCGCCUCGCUGCUCGAAACACCCGUGCUGCUGCGGCUGCCUGGAAGCAGUAAAGUAGCCGAGGUGCUGCGGUUUGAGUAUAGGGGAAGUCUUGGCGUUGCAGACUGCGGGUCGUUGGUUGUCGGUGAGAGAACAGGGGAGGUGUAUGGGCAUGUUGUUGCGGGGGCGGCGGAGGGGAGGGAGGGCUAUAUGAUUUCUGCGGUUGGUACAAUGGGGGAGAUGCAGGUGGGAGGGUGGAAGGUUAUGGAGUUGGUGAAUUAG